AGAGCUGACCGUGGUACUGAAAAUAUCCCCAUAGCACCGUGCGAGAAAGCCAACCAUACGGCUUACAAAAACGAAAUCACUGUACAAACAAAACAGUAACAUUCAAGCAAAUAAUUUAUUGUUGAAGCGGAUUCUUACACGUAGAUCACGAGAAUAACUUAAAUACAAAGUUUGAAGAAGACACGAUUGGUGCGUUGGACUGUGCUGCCACUGACAGGAUUCCCGGUUCAACACAUAUGUGCGGUCAUGUUCUGGUGCCAACAAACCUCAAAUGCCCCCUUCAUUUUCCUGUUCAUGUUAUUUAGUCUCACAGUCAAUCCUGCAACCUCCAGUCCAUUGACAGCAGAUAGAAACACAGUAAGUGAAAACUAUGCAGCAUCCUCCUCUGCUCAGAAACAGGCUCAAUUUACUCAACCAGCUGAGGAACAGGGCACGCAACAUGAGGAAAAUGAUGAAGGUGAUGAGCUUUUCAAAGAUGUGGAUCCUAGAACCCUAGCAGCGGUCCUUCUCGAAGCCCUCAACCAGCCCCAGAAGGAAAAGAUGAGUGAACGAGAAGACGUGGGAUUGGAUGUUGAAAAGGAGAAGGAUCUCCAGGGCUCAGAUAGAGACAGAGAUGGUCACAAAGAGCUAGAGCUGGUCAUGGCAGCUGCUGCAGCACAAGGAAAAGAUGAGAAAGAAAGAGAGGAGGAAGAGGAGAAAAAAAGGGCUGAGGAGGAGGAACGGCUAACUGAGAAAGUGACGAGCCGCACUACCAGUCAGACGGUACCAUUAAAAGAGCAGGAAGCCCCACAGGAGGGGGCCACAAAAGAGGAGGUGAUCAAGGAGGAGGAGAGACAGGAGCCAGAGAGAGAAGAAAUGGAGGGGGAGGAAGAGCAGCUGAGUCCAGAGGAAGUGAAGAAUCUGGAGACUAUGUUAGAGGAAUUCCAGAGCUACAGCACAGCCACUAAGAGAGAGCGUGACACGUCCAUAGGCCAGAGGGAGAGCCGUGGGGAGUAUUUUGAUUACCUAGACCGUAAUGGCCUCAUGAAUAAUGAGAUCAAGUCUAAAGCUAAAGGUGAUGACCUAGCACUGUCCAAGAAGAAGCUAAAGUGGCAGCUCGAACAAGAUAAGAACAAAAUUCAGCCCUUGCAAAGAGGAGGCAACUUCAUGGAUGACUUUUCCAACAACCUUGCUGACCCAGAGGAGGAAGGUGAGGAAGAUCAAGAGGACGAAGAACAGCUGAGCCCUGAAGAAGAGGAAACUCGGGCCAAAGCGGAGCAAGAGGAGGUACGCAGACAGGCAGCAGAGGCACAAAGAGCCAAAGCGGAGGAAGAAAAGCUAGCAGACAUUGCAUCGGACAUGCUCCUGAAAUACAUUGUGAAGCAGGACAAGAAAAAGUACCAAGACAAUAAUGGUGCAGAAGAUAAGCGCUCUGAUGAGGAGGACACUAAUGAUGACGAUGAUGAUAUUGACCCACAGACCAUCGAUAAGUUGAUUGAGAUCUCCAGCAAGCUGCAUCUUCCAGCUGAUGAUGUGGUGGACAUCAUUAACGAUGUAGAGAAAAAGAAGAAAAAAGAUGCUCCUGAAAAUCUCCCAUGGCAACGUACUCUUGUGCCACCUUCAGCCCCCGUUGCACCUUCUACGCUGUUACGUAAACCUCCUCCCUCAAAGCCUCCUCAAAAGAACACAAACCCAUUGAAAGCCUGGUUCAAAGACAGGGCUUCGGUCAAGCCCAGCAAGCAAGACAUUUGGACGAGGCAGCAGUGGCCCUUUCGUACCUACCCUUCCUACAGUGUCUAUCAAAAACCCUACCGGGGAUAUUACCCCAUCUACGUCCCGCCUCCAAAACCGAAAUCCCGCUACUAUCCCAAGCCCUCUUUCUCCCUCAACGAUGUCCUGGGAAACUCUCGGGACUAUGACUUUAAUUACUCCUCCAGACGGAAGUCCCGUCCCUGGGCACAGUCUCGCCAAAGAGUCCAACCAACUUUCCAGCGAAACUUCUACUUCCCUCACCCUCGGACUUUCAAAGCCGUACCCAUGCCUAAACCCCGGUCGCCUCCGCGUCGUUGGCCGUCCAUUUAUUACCCAGCCCGAGCUCCUGUAGUAACCAGGGAAGAUGAUUACUACAAUCCACUGAGGCAGCCGCCACAGGACAGUGAAGAGGAGCUGGAGAACUUUAUCGAGAGAGUCUUUAUGAAACAUCCCAGGAUGUUUCAGUAAGCAGACUGGGGAAAAAAAAAGCGAUGAGGAGGAGGAGGAGGAGAGGAAAGCGAAAGGGAACAACUUAAAGACUGUUCAUGGCCAACGUAUCAUGUUCUGGUUUCUUUUGCUGAAAUAAGUUCCAUCGUACUCAUUUGUUUACCUCAGAUUCAAAGUUUACCCUUAGGAUAGAACAUAUUCAGGAUCCUCAUGUCUAACUAACCACAUCUUCCACCCUCCUCCCCCUGGAGAGACUGAAAGACCAGCAAAGCUUCUGGAGCAGUGAGAGGAAAGAGUGCUUAAAUAUCUCAAAUACCCAACACUGAUGUUCUGGAGACCCCUAGAAGGCCUUCAUCAAGGAGCAGAUACAUGAUAGCAUUAAACACCUUGUUUUCAUCCAAUACAAAGACAUUCAAGAUGGAAUCCUGAAAGACUUGCCAUUAUUAUGGAAGCAACUCCAUUAAGUCUUAAGUAUCUUUUUUGUUUUAUUUUGUAUAUUUUUAACAUUUAAAAUCCCAUUGGUCAGUAUCAUUGAUCAUAAUGUAGAGCGAGAUAGCAAAAAAUACUCUAAACGCACCUUUAAGGAAUGCAAAAGUGCAGAUUUAUUCAAACAGAGAAACCAUCACAGUGCCAUAAUGGUGGAAAUAUACAUUUUCUUUAUUUUAUACACCAAAUGUAUUAAGUCUUACUUGUACCUCAGAGUAAUCUGCUUGAGCAUUUACCAUUUGUGCAUUCCAUUGUGAAACAAAGGACACACUCUAAGUCUUGUACAUAGAAUUAGUUUCUUAUCGCUGUCUGCAUUUUGAAUUUUUUCCUUCGAUGUGUUUAUACCAUUGUUUUUUACGCAAAAAGAUAGAAAGCUGUUGCAAAGGACAUUCAUACAUUCCAACGAUUUUUAAGAAACAAAUCUAUUAUUUCAUAGAAGCUGUUUUGGAUACAACUUUUAAUUGCCUUAAAACACCCUCUUCCCCUUUACAGAUGAGCAGCAUUUUUGUCACAGACUAGCUAAAAGGUUUGUUCUCAAGCUCAUAAACUGAAAAGUAGUGAUCAGCCUUUUAACAUGUUUUACAAAUAAAACAAUUAUAUAUAAAGCUAAUUAAAAACAUGUAUUUCAUGUUUGUGGUUUUAAAUGUGUCAAAUGUUAAUGGUUUAUUCAAGAGUAACCUUGCCCCUACUACAUUUACAAAAUCCAUCGCUGGGCCAAUGAGAGCUCAAUCAAAAAGCAUAGACAAUCUAUUAAAUGAUUACAAUUCACAUGGGAAGGAAGCAAUGCAGAUCAGUGGUAACGUUAAUUAAGUGAAAAUCGAAAUUAGGAAAAAAAAAAAACUAAAAAAAAACCUUGUUGGCAUGAAACUGUCGCUUGUCAAUCUGAAAAAGAAAAAUAAGGGGGAGGCAUACACAGUUCUAAUUUUCUUUAAAUGGUCUGAAAGGAUGUCAGACGAAAGCUAGGGGAAAAAAUGGUUGAGAUAGCUGAACCAGUGGAGGAGUAAAGUUUCUGCACGUUACUGUAAACUUGCAUCUAAAAUGUGUUGCUUCUUUGAAGACAUUAUGAGCAUUGAAAAAAAAAAAAGUAUAAAAAAAGACUAGUGUAUGAAUGACUAGUGUAUCCAAGUAAAAAUGCCGUUAAGUCUUGUGAGGAAAAAAUGUUUAUAUCCGUUCUAGAUGUAUCUUGUACGUAACAUAAUAAACAUGCGUUUGCUGGAUGUAAAUAACCGCAUGUUGAUGACUAGUUUUGCUACACAGAGAAAUAAAUAAACUUGACUAUUUUUUAUUAA